ACUAUAGAAGCUACCAACUCAAGCUGGGAAAACAAAACAAACAUCAUCAAAGAUCCAAGGAUUGACAUAAUAAGAGUUGGGCAAAUUUUCCAAGACAAGGAAACAGUAAAGCUUGCCAUGAGCCUAUAUGCAAUCAAAAAGAAUGAACAGCACAGGGUAAAAAGAUCAUCAACAAAGGACUACAGCUUAGUGUGUGUUGAUAAAAAUUGUAAAUGGUACUUCUUGGCAACAAAACAUGGAAAAACAAAUCUCUUCAAAGUCAGAAAACUUGUGGAAGAUCAUACAUGCUCAAUAGAACGCAUCCAUGACGAUCACCCCCAAGCAACAAGUAACAUAAUAGCUGACUGCAUCAAAAAAAAAAUUAGUAAUCCAAAAAGAAACUACAGGCCAAAUGAGAUUGUUGAUGAUGUAGCAGAAGACUAUAGUGUCUCAAUUUCUUACCAAAAAGCUUGGAGAGCAAAAGAGAAGGCUUCAGAAAAAGUAAUAGGCUGCCCACAUGAUUCAUACAAUGAAAUUCCAGGGAUUCUGCACAUGAUAAAAAAAUGCAAUCCAGGAACAAUAACAGACUUAGUCCAACAUGACAAUGGGCAUUUUAAGUACCUAUUCUUUGCAUUAGGAGUCUCAAUAGAAGGCUGGAAACACUGCACACCUCUAAUUGUGGUUGAUGCAACUUUCCUUAAGAAUGCAUAUGGAGGAACAUUGAUAAUUGCUAGUGCACAAGAUGCUGACAGACACAUAUUCCCACUAGCUUUUUCAGUAGUUGAUUCUGAAAAUGAUGCAUCAUGGCAAUACUUCAUGGAAAAGCUCAAAGAAUCAUAUGGGGAGCGUGAAGACCAAUGCAUAAUUUCUGACAGACACGAAAGUAUAGCAAAAGCAAUGAAAUCAGUAUUCCCUAACUUGAUGCAUGGGGUAUGUUGCUUCCAUUUGUUCCAAAAUAUAAAAACAAGAUUCAGAAAAGGAGGAGAUGAUCUAAGAGAUGCAUUCUCUUGUGCAAAGAAAAGCAUACAAUCAAACCGACUUCGACGAUUCCAUGAGGGACUUAGACAACAUUGA